UUUCAUAAGCGGGAUGAUCCAUUUUUAUUGUCUGACAAACAGUUUAUACAGCUGUUUCGAUUAUCAAAGGAUUUGGCGAGGAAUCUCAUAAAUAUUGUAUCGGAACACAUAGUCCAACCUUCGAGAUCUUCCGCUCUAGAUUCUCAACUGAAGACGCUUAUUGCAUUACGUUUUUUUGCCACUGGUAGUUACCAAAUGGAUGCAGCUUCCAACAUAUUUUUAGCUGUUAGUCAAUCUUCAGUGAGUAGAGCUAUCAAUGAAGUGGUUGGAGUUCUAAAUUUACCACAAGUAUUCAAUACAUGGAUUCAUUUUCCGAUGCAAAUUCAUCAGUUGAAUCAGUUACGUAAUCAGUUCUACCAAAAUCAUGGAUUUCCUGGUGUUGUAGGGUGCAUUGAUUGCACCCAUGUUGCUAUAUUCCCACCCAAAGUGGACGAUGAGGUCUAUCCAGAAAGAAUUUAUGUGAACAGAAAGAGAUAUCAUUCCAUAAAUGUGCAACUGAUAUGUGACACAAGAUUGAGAAUUCUCAACAUUAAUGCGAAGUUCCCUGGAAGUACCAACGAUGCUUACAUUUGGCAAAACUCGAACAUAAAUCAAGCUUUUGUUAAUUUGCAUAGGAACGGGAAUACACAGUUUUAUCUCUUAGGAGACUCUGGAUAUCCUCUUAGGCCAUGGCUUCUGACACCUCUCGAAGAUGAUCCUUUACCAGGAAGCGCUGAAGAGAGAUACAACCAAAAAUAUAGGAGCACUAGGAGCAUCAUAGAAAGAUGUAACGGUCUGUUGAAAAUGAGAUUUCGAUGUUUACUGAAGCAUCGGGUUCUACAUUAUGAACCAAGAGUAGCUUCAAAAAUCAUAAACGCUUGUGCUGUGUUGCACAAUAUGUGUAUAGAAAGUAAUAUUCCAGAGCCAGAGUUAGAAGAUUCCGAUGAAGAUAUUGAUUUUGGGUUGAGUAUCGGUGGGACUCAAAAUAUCACUUCGAAUAGUAGGGUGAAUCCUGAUUUAGAAACAGGCCGUCGACUGCAACAGCAACUAAUUAGAAAUUAUUUCAGAGUCAAUAAUUGAUAGGCAGUGUUAUUAUAAAAUUUUAUAGUGGAAAAAGAAAUAAAAAAACUUUAUUUUUAAA